CAGAGGAGCAGGAAAGUUUGCAUUUCCUACCAGACACCUUGGCUACCCUUGAAGGCACUGAGGACACCACCAUCAGUGCUAAGGCCCUGGGAAGCUCAGGGGCCCCAGGUGCCAAGCGCUGGUUUGCGGAUACCCAGGCAGAUCUGCAGUGCCUAAUGCCAUGAGCGUGGUAGUGCAGCAUGUGGAGGAGAAAGCUGUGCACUCCUGGUCGAGGAUCUCCACAGCAGGGAAAAAGGCCCUGGAGGAGGCGCUGCUUGUCUUUAACCCCAUGAGCCAGGAUCUCAGUGCCACAGAGGCCCAGCUUGUGGCCUUCCUGCAGGGCCUGCGAGAUGAUGGCUUCCAACCUACCGUCCUGCGCAGUGGUGAUGUCUAUGGGUAUAGUUCGUGUACAGCCAACCCCCCAAGCCAGACAAAGCUACAAGCUCGUGCCCCCACCCCAGCUGCCACAUCACCCCCAACCAGUGCUCCCCGAACUGCCACGCGGCUGCCUGCGGGCCGGGCCACGCUGCUCCCCAUGCCACUGUCUGGCAGGCUGGCCAAAGCAUCCACGCCAGCCCUUGCCAAGCAUGCUACCACCAACCUGCUGCUGAGCUCCCUGAAGCAGUCAAGUGCCAGCCAUGCCCAGGGUGCAGCCGUCGGUUUCCCUGCCCACCUCUAUCCAGGUGUCUACCCUGCCAUGCGGCUCUCGGUCGUCCUUGAGGCCCUGGUUCCACUCAAAACUCCCAUGCCCUGCUUGGGUGCCAAGCACAAGGCACAGUCACUGCAGCUCUCACUUGUAGACUCUCCACUGAAGCUGCGGAAAGGUCCAGGGAAGGGGCCGGGGAACUCCCGGCCCAAAGCUCCCAGAAAGGCCACAAGCAAGGGCCCCAAGUGUCUGACACGCAAAGGCCCCAGGGCUGGACCCCGGCAAGGCACUGGGCCCCAGAACAAGACCUACAAAGCCACUGGGUCCCUCGGUAAUCUGCGAAUGAAAGGUGGCUCUACCCUGGGCACCAAAACAGCCCAGGCCAAGGCAGCUCGAACAGUAGCCAAAGCUGCUCGUGUCCAGGCCAAGGUGGCUCGAACACAGGCCAAGACUGCCAAGGCCAGAGCAAAAGCCAAGACAGCACAGAUCAAGGCCAAAGCCAAGGCAGCACAGAUCAGGGCCAAGGCUAAGGUGUCACGGAUCAAGGCCAAAGCCAAGACAGUGCGGGCCAGGGCCAAGGCUGUGCGGGCCAAGGCCAAGGUGGUUCGGACCCAGCCCAGGGGCAGGGGCAGGCCAAAAGGGUCUGUCCAGGCCAGGACUGCAAGGAGGGGCCAGAAAGGCCACCCUGAGACUGGGGGACAGAAGAGGAAAAGGGCUGAGGAGGCAAAGGAUCUUCCUCCCUGGAAGAGAACAAGGCUUGGGCCCCGAUCUCCUAAGGCAUGGUUAGGGCCUGGAACAGCAAAGCUGCUGAAAUUCCGGGUCAUCAAGGUGGACAGGCGGUCCUCGGACGAUGAGGUGCGGCAGCGGGCUCAGCGGAUCCUCCGUGUGAACCUAUCCCCUGUAAUUCGGCUCCAGCCAUUGCUGCCGUACUCGGUACCCUGAUUCCUUCACAUAGCUGUGUUUGGGGAAAUUGAGCCCAAUUGUCUGUGUAGCGAGUGGCACAGUGUGCAAUGCCCAUGGACUCCACAACCCCAAGGACUCCAGGUGCCUCUCCAGUGCCCCGAGAGCCACCAGCCUCCUUUCAGAGAUUGAAAGAUGUGGGGUGGGGAUGGGUGGGCGGGAGAGGGUGUUCUCAUGGCGCAAUGCACUGUGACUUGUUACUCUUCAAGUUGUACGUCCACUAUUCCAUCUAUCACGUUUUAUACCUUUCCACCUU